UUUUUAGGCGGCGGGGCAUUCGUCGAAGUCUCCUGUUUGAACUGAGCCGAAUCCCUAGCUCUGGGAGGCAGUAAAUUGACGUUCUAUUUUUUUCUUUUUCUUUCCCAAGUUAAAAAUCGAAGAUUGAAAGAGAGCUAGCGAGUGAGAGUUUUUUUUUUUUUUUUCAAAUAAAAUCGAAGAAAAACGUCAGAUCAAAAAUGGCGACGCCUGGUUUGUAUAGGCGACUUCUUCCGUCUCCUCCAGCAAUCGAUUUCGCUUCCUCCGAAGGGAAGCAACUUUUCAUCGAGGCAAUUCAAGAUGGUACAAUGGAAGGCUUUUAUAGGUUAAUUUCAUUCUUUCAGACGCAAUCCGAGCCUGCAUAUUGUGGAUUGGCCAGCCUUUCCAUGGUCUUGAAUGCCCUUGCUAUUGACCCUGGAAGAAAAUGGAAAGGACCUUGGAGGUGGUUUGAUGAAUCAAUGUUGGACUGUUGUGAGCCUCUAGAAAAAGUUAAGGAGAAGGGUAUUUCCUUUGGCAAACUUGUAUGUUUAGCUCAUUGUGCUGGAGCAAAAGUUGAAGCUUUCCGCACAAAUCACAGUACCAUAGAUAAUUUCCGUAGUCACGUGCUGAGAUGUUCCAUUUCUGAUGACUGCCAUGUGAUCUCAUCUUAUCAUAGAGGAACAUUUAAGCAGACUGGAACUGGUCAUUUUUCACCUAUUGGUGGUUAUCAUGCUAAAAGGGACAUGGCACUGAUUUUGGAUGUUGCACGUUUUAAGUAUCCUCCACAUUGGGUUCCGUUGACUCUUCUUUGGGAAGCUAUGGAUAGUGUUGAUGGAACAACUGAGCAGCGAAGGGGGUUCAUGCUUAUAUCUAGGCCACACAGAGAGCCCGGAACACUUUAUACUCUGAGCUGUAAGCAUGAGAGUUGGGUCAAUGUUGCAAAAUAUCUAAUGGAUGAUGUUCCUUUACUUGUAACGUCAGAGGAUGUGAAAGAUAUUCAAAAAGUCAUUUCAAUUGUUCUCAUGUCACUCCCAUCAAAAUUUGAAGAGUUUAUUAAGUGGGUGGUGGAGGUUCGCAGGCGAGAGGAUGGCAAUCAGAGUCUAAGCUUAGAAGAGAAAGGAAGACUAACUGUGAAGGAACAGGUACUGAGACAAGUCCAGGACACAGAACUAUAUAAGAAUGUGGCAGCAUUUGUUUCUUCUACGAGUUCAUGUUGCAGAAGCAAGUCAAAUUUGGGUCACGAAGACAAACUUCCUGAUAUUGCUGCCAGAGUCUGUUGCCAAGGAGCAGAAAUUCUGGCAGGGAAGUACAGCUCUUCUUCACAGUAUUGCUGUAAGGAAACAUGUGUGAAAUGCUUCAAGUAUAACGGUGACAAGCCCGUUACAUUGGUCUCUGCAACUGUAGUAGAUGGUAGCAGUGAGCAGGGGGUUGACAUGCUGCUUUCUUCAUCUCAAAUGAAAAUGAAUUGUUGUGGCUGUGGCCCAAAUAACUUCAUUGGUAUGUACCCAGCAGGUAGCGAUGUACUAACUGCACUUCUGCUUGCCUUGCCUCCCGAAACAUGGUCUGGCAUAAAAGAUGAGAAGCUUGUGCAAGGAAUGUAUGCUCUUGUUUCAAUUGAACAUCUUCCCACUUUGCUUCAAGAAGAGGUUUUGCAUCUAAGGCGUCAGCUCUUCCUUCUCAAAAGAUGUCAAGAAAACAAGAUGGAUGAGGAUCUCGGUGCACCCACAUGCUAGCCCUUGCUAUUCCAGUUUCUUAUUUUUCUCGAUGGCUUAUUCAGAUUUGUAAAGCAUUAUGUAUCACUGAAUUUAUUAACCUGUUGUAUUCUCAUUUUCUCGACAACCUACUCAGACCUGCAGAGUCUUAUGUAUCACUCUGGGAAGGCUAUUUCUUGCCCUGUUCUCUGUUUGCUUACCGUGAAGACAGACAUAUGAAUUAUAUGUUGGAGAAUAAAAUUUCUUCAUGAGCAUCAUCAAAUUUAUUGAA